CGUAAAAUGGCGGACGGUGACAUUGAUUUGUACGCCGACGAUCUCGAGCAAGAUUUCGCGCAGUCGAAGUGUACGAUCGGUUGAUCGGUUGAACCACAGGGUGCGCAGGAAGUUGAGUGUAAUAAGAAAAUGGACGAAUUUGCUGGAGAUGGCGUUGAUCUUUAUGAUGACGUAAUUGCCGCCCCAGCAGGUGGUAAUGGCGGCGUCUCUUCUGGAAAUACUGGAGAAGGUGGUGGUGACACUACAUCACCAAGUGAAGAAACUAAUGGCAACGCGCCUUAUCAUCAACUUGGCAAUAAUAUACAACCAAAUCAAAUUGGUAGACGACACCAAUUAUAUGUUGGCAAUUUGACAUGGUGGACAAGUGAUCAAGAUAUAACUGAUGCUGUUCAAAGUAUCGGUGUCACUGACUUUGCGGAGGUAAAAUUCUUCGAGAAUCGUGCCAAUGGUCAGUCUAAAGGUUUCUGUGUAAUAUCAUUGGGUUCAGAGCAAAGUAUGAGAAUAUGCAUGGAAAGGCUGCCCAAGAAAGAAUUGCACGGACAGAAUCCUGUAGUAACUUUCCCUACCAAGCAAGCCCUCAAUCAAUUUGAGUCACAGUGUAAGACGCGACCUGCUCCGGCUCCGCAACAGAGUCAGAGUCAACGUCCUCAUAACCCACAUCAACAUCAGCCACCAAUGCCACCUCAUCAACAGCAUCCCCAACACCCUCAACAUCCUCAACAUUCACAACAAAAUCAUGGUCCUCGAAUGAUGAUGGGUCCUCCGCAGGGUGUAAGACCACAAAGGAUGCCGCCACCUGGAAUGGGCCCACCAGGUCCCGGUGGACCAGGUCAACAAGUUCCACCACGUAUGCAUGGUCCGCCAUUAGGGCCAGGACCAGGCCCGCAUCAUCCAUUGCCGGGCCAUCCUAAUCAAGGCCCACCACCUGGCUAUCAGCAAGGACCUUGGAAUGGACCUCGUCCGAAUGGUCCUCCGGGACCACCUCGAGGACCUAGUGGACCAGGUGGUCCUCCUCAGCAGGGUCCACCUGGACCAGGCCCUGGUCAGCAUAGACCUCCGGGAAUGCAAUUUCAUGGUGGCCCACCUGGACCACCUGGUCAGGGCCCUCCACGUGGUCCUCCUGGACAUCCUGGUGGACCUCCAGGAGAUCCCAGAGGAGCGCAGCCUCGUCCUGAAUGGAAUAGACCACCAGGAAUGCAUCAUGGGCCUCAGGGACCACCAGGUUUCCCUCAACAUCAACAUAUGCAAGGGCCGCAGCCUAGCCAAGGCCCACCACAGAGAGGACCUCCUCCAGGUUCUAUGGGUGGUCCAGGCGGACCGCCUCCAGGACAUGGUGGACCACCACAAGGUCCUCCUCAAGGACCACCGGGUGGCCCAGCACCUCAUGUCAAUCCUGCAUUCUUUCCGCAAGGACCACCUCAUCAACAUCCCGGCCAACAUCCACCGGGACCUCCUGGUCCGCCUCAUGGUCCACCACAUGGACCGCCUCAUGGCCCGCCUCAUGGUCCUCCUCAUGGACCCCCUCAUGGACAAUCUCACGGACCGCCACAUGUACCACCACAUGGUUAUGGGCCACCAAGUGCACAAGCUCCUUAUGGAGCUCCCGGGCCUGAUCAUCGUCCUGAAGGUCCUCCGCCACUCACCGAACAAGAAUUUGAAGAAAUAAUGGGUCGUAAUCGUACAGUAUCCUCAUCCGCAAUCGCGCGAGCAGUAUCCGAUGCCGCAGCAGGCGAAUAUGCAAGUGCCAUAGAGACCUUGGUAACUGCCAUUUCGCUGAUAAAACAAUCCAAGGUAGCUGCAGAUGACAGAUGCAAAAUUUUGAUCAGUUCCCUCCAAGACACUUUACGUGGUGUCGAGACCAAAAGUUAUGGUUCCGGACGUAGAGAGCGUUCGCGUUCGCGUGAUAGAGAACGCAGUCAUAGAAGACGACGUGAACGAUCCAGAAGUCGGGAUCGUGAAUACCGUGAGCGUAGCAGAGAUCGUGAACGAGAGCGUGAUCGAGAGCGUGAUCGCGAAAGAGAAAGAGAUCGUGAUAGGGACAGAGAACGUUAUUACAAUGAACCAUAUCCAAGAGAACGUUCACGCAGCCGGGAAAGAGAACGCGAACGUGAAAGAGAUCGUGAAUAUAGAGAGCGAAGCAGGGAAGAAAGUACAACACGUCAAUCAGCCAGGCCAAGAGUAAAAGAAGAACCGCCAGAGACGGCACCCGUCUCAUCUUCCAAGGCGACUAGGUAUUAUGAUGAUCGCUACAGAGAACGCGAACGCGAGCGAGAUCGAGAACGAGAAUCAAGCCGAAGACCAUCUGAGCGGGAACGAGAACCAGAACGGGAACGUGAACGAGAACGAGAUCGUCGAGAUGAACGUGGAGACUCCUCACAUCGCUCAAGACACUAAAAAGAAAGCAUUGAAGACGGUGCAAGUAGGACAUGUCAAUGAUAUAGGAUCCAUGAUGAAGCAGUAAAUGUGACAACACAUACUCGCACACUGCGCAAUCCUCCCUUUUCUCUUCUUUGAAGUAAAAGUAUAUUACGUUGCUUUUAAUGCACGAACAUUUGAGACAUCCAAAGAUUAUUGAUGAUUAUUAAUGGCACAUGGCGUUAUAUCAAGAAACAUUAUAGAAUACAUACGGUAAAAGGGUAAUUUCGAGAUUUGUUUAAUAAAUUGCUGCUAGAAUAGUGCGAAAAUUUAAUAGAACUAAACGUUCCACAUAGAAUUCUGAACGUUCUUGUCUUCUUUCGAGAUAGCCGAAAUGAAACUCAAUAUAGAAUUGCUGUGAAAUCUCUUCAUUAAUCGCGGAGUCCUUUUGUCUUACAUAUAUAUGUAUUAAUAUGAUAGUGCACUACAUGUAUACGCGUAUACAUUUAUCCAUGUAACUGUGUUAUGAUUAAGGAAAUAUACAUUUAGUCCGAGAGUGGAUUUGUAAACGAAUAGUUAUCGCAUAUGAAUAAGAGUCGAGGGAAGAUAAGAAGUAAAAAAAUAAUAUCUUGAUUUGGGAUCGUCCAAGAUCAUAAUUUGUAGUGACAAGAAACAAGAUGUUGACAAUGACAAGAAUAUUCUUUUGGAGAGAAGGAAGAACGAAGAUAUCUCAUCAGCCUUCUGCAUGGACGAUUCAAGAUUGUAUCUUAACGUAAUACAUAUAUACGCUUUCAAAAAAUAUAAA